GCGGUCCCGGCCCCGCCGCUCCGGUGGCCGCAGCGCCCGCACGGCUGCCAUUUUAACGGGAACAAAGAGGAGGCGGAGGAACGGGCAGCCAGAUCUGCUUACGGAGAAACCCUCGGCGUUAGCGCCUGCCUCGGGCUUUCCACCACCGCCCACCUGCGCUGGACACCUCUACCAUGUUCGUCAAGAAGUCCUACGACAGCCCCCCCACGGGCUACGGUCCCCCCACAACCUAUGGCCCCGCCAUGGGCGAUUACGGCUACGACUACGGCGCUCGCUCGCCGCCACCGGGCUCCUACUACAUCGAGGACGUGCCACAGCACUUCUACAAGUGGACCUCGCCACCCGGCGUGGUGAGGAUCCUGGAGGCCAUCGUCGUCCUGCUCUGCAUUGCCAUCUUCGCCUGCGUCGCCUCCACCCUGGCCUGGGAAUACGGCUACGGCUUUGCGGGGGGUUACGGCAAUGGGCUGGGGGGCUACUAUGGCUCCGGCUACUACGGCAGCGGGUUGAGUUAUGGUUACGGCUACGGGAGCUACUACGGUGGGGUCACCAACCCGCGGGCGGCCAACGGCUUCAUGAUGGCCAUGGCGGUGCUCUGCUUCCUGGCGCAGCUGGGGCUCUUUGUCACCAGCAUCAGCAAAUCUCGCAGCUCUCGCUCCCGACGCUUCUACCUGGUGGUCAUCGUGGUCUGCGCCGUGCUGGCCUUCGUCAUGCUCAUCGCUUCCAUCGUCUACGUCGUGGGCGUCAACCCUCAGGCGCAGAUGUCCGGCAGUUACUACUACAACCCCUUGCUGACCAUGUGCAGCCAGGUCUACAGCGGCGGCACCUACAUAAGCCAGUACAUCUACCACUACUGCACCGUGGACCCCCAAGAGGCCGUGGCGAUCGUCUGCGGGUUCCUCAUCGUCAUUCUGCUCUGCCUCAUCUGCUUCUUCGCUCACAAGACGCGCAGCAAGAUCUGGAAGUACGGGAAACAGAACAUCUACUGGGACAAGGUGCCGGUGGUCCAGGAAGGGCCCAACGUGGAGGAGUGGGUGAAGAACGUGGCGGAUGGGGCCAGUGUGCACGACGAGACGGCCACGCUCGCCUACUCGGAGAAGCCGAUGAGCCCCACUGCCGCGCCGCCCUACAGCCCCCCCGCCUACAGCUCCCCCCCACCGAACGGGUAUUAUCCCUCCGGGACCUACAGCAGCCGGGGUGACCAGCCGGACCGGGCGCUCAGCCCUGCAGAAGAGAAGGUGAGGGAGCAGCCCACCAGGCCCCCUGCUCGCCGUGGCCGCAGACGCCGGCGCAACCCGGAGCUGGAUGAGUCGCAGUAUGAGACCGACUACACCACAGCUGUGGAGUCCAGUGACGAGCGGGACCAGGACCAGUGGGCCAGCCUCUACCCUCCCAUCACGUCGGACGGCACCCGCCAGAAGUACAAGCAGGAGUUCGAUGUGGAUCUGAAGCGCUACAAACAGCUCUGCGCCGAGAUGGACGGCAUCAGCGACCGCCUCAACCAGCUCAGCAAACAGCUCGACAGCAUCUCCGAGGACAGCCCCCAGUACCAGGAUGUCGCAGAGGAGUACAACAGGCUGAAGGACCUCAAGCGGAGCCCUGGCUACCAAACGAAGAAGCUGGAGACCAAAACCCUGCGCAACAAACUCUUCCACAUCAAGCGGAUGGUGAGCGACUAUGACAAGGUGCGGGGGUAGCCUGUGCCCCCCUCCCCUUCAGGAUGGGCGCGAGGGACCCCCCCUCCCCACCCACCCCUUCCAAAGACUUUGGUGCAUUUUGUAUAAAGCCCCCAAACCCACGAUUCGGAGCCACUCCACGAGGUCAGUGCCAAGGGCGCGGGGCUGGAGGCAGCUGAGGGAGCGAGGUGCUCCCCUUGUACCCCCCUUGUGCCUUGCAACCUCUCCCGCUGCUGUGAAUAGAUUUGGGGAGGGUCUGCAGCCCCUGCCGGCACCGUGGUCGUGGUUC